AUGAGCUUCGUCGUAAAUUAUCCCACAAAUGGGGCAGUCUGGGCUGACUGCCAAUCUCCGCAUAUGAAUGUUAGCAGUUCAGGAGUUAAAGCCAGCUCUAUACCUGUAUUCCCUAACGAUGUGCCAGCUCUCUUAUUUAUGCGAAAAUGAAAGGUCUUUUCAUUUCCAUAUCUUGCUACAAACAGGCGUAUAGCUUGAUUAACUUCUUUUCCUCCUGCAUGACCAGCAUGUUGUUGCGUACUCUUUAAUCCUGAUCCUGCUCUGGAUCUCUGACCUCCAUUGUUUUUCGUCGCUGCUCCUUUGAAGGAUAGUCAAUCCUCAAUAAAAUAG